CAAAAUUCCGUCGAAAUUGAUCGGGUUUUCGCACGUUUCUCUAAAAAUUGUUCGUCGUUUCGAAUGGUACGGUGUUUUUGUACUUGGAAAGUGCAAUAGUGUCGAAAUCGGCACGUCCAAGUUUGACUUUUAGUAUUGAUGGCUCGUAUCAAAAUGGUUUCGCGGCCCACCACUGGCUGUGUAUAUGCGUUGUUUUGGUAUAUCCGCAAUGCAGGCGUGCCGGAUUUAUACCAUUUCGUAGCGUGUGCCUGUUGGAUUAAUCUGGAUAAAACUUAGAAGGACACUACAGCGAUGGACAGCGAUACUUCAGAUGACACUUCUGAUUAUUCAACUGAGUCCUCAGAUGAUGAUGGAAUGGAAACAGCUGAAAUAUAUGGUACUAAAUUACAAUUACCUCAAGGUCUUUGCGAACGAAAAGACAUUUUUCUAUCAGUUCUGUCCAGUGAAACUUGGAAUUCAUUGUCGGAUGAUAACAAAGAACAUUUGCAAACUUUUCUGCCAAAUUUUCCGGAAAACGAUGAAGAAGAAAAGAAUAAAACGCUGGAAAAACUGUUUAGUUGUGACACUUUCCGUUUCAAUAAUCCAUUAGAGAAGUUCCAUGAAGAUCUCAAAGAUGGGUAUUUUCGUCCAGACAUUGCAAAUAUGCGGCGAAUUAUAAAGAAAGCACAAAAGAAAGAAGCGAUGUAUAGGUAUAAAAAAUUCCGAGAGAAAUUAAAGCAGGAUGUGAUAGAAUCUCAACAAAAGUUACUCAAUCAAAUCAAUAAUCUCCCACCUGGUGUAGAACCCAAAAUUGAGAAAAUCCAAGAUCCUAAUUUAAAUUAUAUCGUUCAUCGAACAAAACGACGAUAUUAUCAGAUUUUAGCUUCAAUUCAAGCUAAAACGCAAGAUAAUUACUGUUCACCUGACGAGAAUUACCCAGAAGGGCCCCCUGUCCCUCUCUCUCGAAAACAACGCCGUCAUCUCAACAGUAUCCGAAAUAACUACGCAUCAACUUCAGAUAUUUUCAUGUCAACUAUGUCAACAAAAGCCAACGGUUUAGAUUUAGAAAAAUUCAUAACUCCAUUACGUAAUCCCUUCUACAUCACCGAUGAGACUUACAAGACACUCAUUUCGCAACACAAACGACGGAAAUUAGAACGAAUCGACGAUCCCGAAUAUAACACUAAAGGUAUAACAUUAUCAGACAUUGUAAAUAGGACCCAGUUGCCUUAUAUUAAAAAUCUAACUUUGACUCCAAAACAUCACACUGACAAUAAAUUAGUGAAAAAGAAAAGGAAGGAAGUUAGAUUAAGUACACAAUCACACAGCUCAAAUUCCGACAACGAGUCAGAUUCGGAUUCUUACGUGGACGCGGUGACUGUUAAUCAUGCAAAAAAGGUUAAAACGAACCGAAAUCUAAAAAGUGCAAGUAAAAAUAUUAAAAAUGAGGUUAAGACGGAACUGUUCACGCCCCCUAAACCCGACACGCCUACUACGACUACCAACAAACCCAUCCCCUUCUCCCAGUAUGGUAAGAUCACUCCCGUCACCAUUUCCGAUCUGGAAGGUAUCGAUAUGAUGGAAAUUCCCAUCGAUUUGGACAAUUCCAACAUCGAUAUUUUGGAAUUGAACAACAAACCGGAAUUGAUGCAAGAAACUCACUCAAAUUUCCUGUCCCUCAUUCGCGAUAUCAUCUGUUCGACUAACGAGCAUAGAAUGAAUCUGUCGACACUGGAAGAACGGCUGAAAUCCUGGCAGGAGAACCCAAUAAGUCCAUUGAACGAUUGGUACAGUUUGGUGGACAAUUGGGUGAAUUUGCUCAAAAGUGCUGUGAAUUUUUUAUGUGGGAAUUCCCUUGAACAACCUGAUGAUUUUGUACCAUACAUGGAGUAUAAAAUUCCUCUAGAUAUGUACCAGUGGAUAGGGGCGGGUCGUGAUUCGGACGCACUGUUAGCACCUUUGUGUACUUACUGGUUGGAGCACAGAAGCGAGGCCAAGAGCAAUAAGGAGAAAGAUAAGGAAGAAAUCGACGUGGAAGUUUCUGAUAGGUCGCAGACUCCGCCUCCUCCUCGGUGUCCCACCAAUUGGACGGUAAGGAAGGCGACAUCUGAGGAAAUCAAGGAGUUUCGGGAACAAGAACGCAAACGAUAUGAUAAUCCACAUAAAGCGUUCACUUAUCGUUGUAAUGGUUACGAAAGUGUAGUGGGGCCUUUAAAAGGCAUUUAUAACGCUUCAGUUGGUAAUACUAAAGCUAGAGGUCACACGAUGUUGAAUGCAGAUCGGCCAAAUUUUGUUACUAUUUUAUCACUAGUGAGAGAUGCGACAGCUAGAUUACCCAAUGGGGAAGGUACCAGAGGUGAUAUAUGCGAAUUGUUGAAAAGUUCGCAAUAUAUUUCAAGUACUGCCCCUGAUAAUGUCUUACAAUCAGUUGUAAGUGGGGCUUUGGAUAGAAUGCAUACACAAUUUGACCCUUGCGUUAAAUACGAUCCUAAAAGAAAAAUUUGGAUUUAUUUACACAGAAACCGGACCGAAGAAGAUUUCGAACGGAUACAUCAACAAUAUCAAGGAGUGAAUAAAUCGAAAAAAGCGACAAGUAAAAAACCUAAACCUAAACCCAAAAGUGAUAAAGUCGCAAAUAAGGUUACCAAGAGCGACGACAAACCUAAAGGUGUGACUAAAGUAAAGAGUGGGGAUAGUGGUACGUCCAAAGCCAAUUCCCUCCUUAUUUCAAAUCAGGAAAAAAUGCCCACUUCAGACGAGAAAGAAAUAAACGAAGCGUUGCAAGCUAUCGUCCAAAAUCGCGUUUCUUCGUCCAGUCCUAUCAUCAAACAAACACCCCCGAAACCUAAAGGAUUAGUCAAAAUUAUCUCUCCAACUCAGGGUAAGUCGCUGAUAAUUCCGUCGAGUAAACAAGAACGUGCCACGCCUCCUAAACAAAUCGUCGCCCAACAACUAAUUCAAACCAUCCAAGCGAAACAAAAACAACAAAGUGACGCUGAAAAAAUCGAGCUAAAAACUACACAACCUCAACAAUUUAUUCAAAGCAUUACUCCUCAGCAACUACAAGCUAUCAAGAAUGUCACGCUGGUGAGGGAGCCGAAGUUGGGAGGAGCUCUGCCCGAACAGAUACACAUCAAAACGCAGGCGACGCUAACGCCAGCUCAACAACAGCAGAUUUUGCAAACCAUCAAGCAGAAGAUUUUGCCACAAGCUACAGUUUUAAAUUCGCAACAGCAGCAGCAACAGCAGAUCGUUUUGAAACAGAAAGGGUUGCAGAAACAAACGCAACAGCAGGUUAAAGUCGGGAUUGAAGGAACGAAGAGUUUGGGGUCGACACAGAGUCCAGUCGUGGCUAAGGUUCUGACGAAUGCUGCGGGACAAGUGAUUUCGGUGGAGAGUUUGUUGGCGCAUCAGAAACAACAUGGGUCGUUACCACAAGGUUUUGUUCCAGGUACUACAUUGCGCGUUUCUGGUACCAAAGGCGGCCCUACGAACAUAAUUCAACUGACCGGUACGUCAAAACAAAAUCCGAUCGCUCAAUUCGCUGUAGGAUCACAAAACAACAUAAUAUUAACGAGUCAACCUAAACUCGUAAUGGCUAGUUCGUCCACAACCACCACAACGACAACAACAACAUGUCCUUCAACCCUCACUACGACUAUCACAACUACAACAACAAAACCAGUGGCGCGCGUUACCACCAACAAAACCCAACAACAAGCUAUCAGUGCUACUAAAUUUCCGCCGAAAAUUGCCCAACAAUUAAUCAACGCUAAAUUGAUAACGACAGACGGUCAAAAAGUCGUCCAACCGAAAAUAUUUAUGAGUCAACAGAACCAAGUCAAGUUGGCUUCGGCCAAAAACAUUUCUUUAACGUCAAAACCUAUGACGUUAGCCGCAAAUGCAAACACGAUUCGGAUGGUAAAUGCUGCCAACUUAAAUUUAACGCAUAUAGGUGGCAAGCCUGUACUGUUGGCGAGUAAAGGCACGACGAUACAAAACAUACAAGGGCAAAAUGUAAUACUUCAGACACAACCGAACACCAGUGGAGGCUCGUUGGUAUUACAGAACGCUGUAAAAGCUAUACCGACGACGCAGAAUAAUCCAAAUAUAAACAUAAUCAAUCAACAGAAUGUAGUUCUGGGGCCUCAGCUGAAGAUGCAGACGCCACAACAGGUGGUUUUCAGUUCAGGGGUGAAAAGUGUCACCACUCAAGGACAUAUCGUGUUGGAGGGACACCCAGUGCGGUUACAGACGAGUACGGCGACCAACACUCAAAGGGUAGUACUGGCGAGUCAAGGGCAAGGUGGGCAGAUUGUGGCACAGCAGAUUUUGUUACCGGCGGGGUUUCAAGGGACUGCUAUCAAUAUCAAAGCGUUACAAGGGGUAAAAGUUAUACCCUUAGCUCAGGCACAUGGACAAGGCCGAGGUGUUCAGGGGCGUCAAGUUUUCGCACGUGUCAUGAGUCCAACUGUGGUUAAAGCCACGACAAGCACAGCUGACAAAAGCGCAGAUCCUACAAUAACGUCAGCAGAUAUGUAAAUAGGUUUUAGUUAAAUUUAUCAUGAACUAGUGAAUGUAUUUUUUUUAAUUUUGAAGAAAACUCAUGAAAACUUUGUCACAUCAUUGGUUGUAAGAUUUCCUUUUUUAUUUAUUUAUGGAAUUUAUUGGUUUUUGUGAUGUAAAUAGUUAAAUACUGUAAUAGUCGUCAUUAGGUAUUUGUUUAAUUUAUGAGUGUGUAGUGCAAGUCUACAAAUACUACUUAAUAAACUUAGUUUAUCUUUUUAUAAA